AUGGCCACGGAGUAUGACAUUAUUGUUUUUGAAGGCGAUUACGCUGGUCCCGAGGUCGUUCGCGAGGGAGUCAAAGUACGGAAAAUGACAAAGGUUCUUCGUGAAAUUGAGCGUCAAACUAGCGGGGUGAAGUUCAAUUUGAAAUACCGGCUCAUUGGCGGGAGUUCUUGGGACGCUGAUGGGGUCACGAUCUCUCAAGAGACCCUCUCCGAAGCGGCUACAGCGUCAGCUGUUAUUCUUGGCGCUGUUGGCGGACCGAAAUGGUCGACUGCAGGAGUCUCGGUAGAGUCUGGACUUGGAAAGCUGCGUAAAGCUAUGGAUGCCUUCGGAAACUUACGGCCUAUUAACUUCAUUGAACCGUCGCUCACGGAGCUGUCCGCGUUGAAGGUUGAACGAUGCGCUGGAACCAACAUGAUAAUUGUCCGCGAAUUAACGGGCGGCAUGUAUUUCGGCAACAAAGUGGAGCACGACGGAUCAUUCAACAUGGCCAGCGACACGGAUCUAUACACGAGAGCCGAGAUCGAGCGAGCGACCAGGCUGGCGGGUAGGCUUGCAACAGCUACUAACCCGCCGCUACCGGUUAUCAGCCUUGACAAGGCAAAUGCGCUAGCAUCAUGUGGACGUCUUUGGAGGGGUGUGGUCAGCCAAGUCAUGGCUGCCGAAUUCCCUGAAGUUGAGUUACAUCAUAUGCUGAUAGACACGGCGGCCAUGGUGAUGGCAAGCAACCCAUCCAAACUGAAUGGCGUGGUAUUGACGAGCAACAUGUUCGGCGAUAUAAUUAGCGAUGAGGCAGCUGCUAUCGUUGGCAGUAUCGGGCUGCUGCCCAGCGCCAGUUUAUGCGAUAUUCCCGACUGUGUAGAGGGGAAAAGCAAAGUUCGUGGUAUUUAUGAGCCUAUUCACGGUACUGCGCCGGAAAUCGCUGGGAAGGGAAUCAUUAACCCUAUCGGCAUGAUUCUUUCCAUUGCUAUGAUGUUCAAGUACUCUCUGAACAUGCCUCGGCCCGCUGCCUGCAUAGAGCGCGCCGUCAGCAAUGCGGUGCUACGGGGCAUACGGACCCCGGACCUCGGUGGUUCAGCUACCACAUCGGAAGUUGGAGAUGCAAUUGUAGCCGCUUUGAGCGCUCUGUAG